ACGCCAAGUAGAUCCCGUACUCACUUGGUUUUGUUCGUUUCCUUGACGGUGACAAAAAUUGAAAUACAUUUGCGCUAAGUCGCCGCAUAAAUCAUUGCUGUACUCGACGGACUAGUGCCUGAAGCGAACGAAGACAUUCUUAACCGUGACGUUGAUAAUUGACGCCAUCUUGGCUUGAUGUCAAUCGUAGUGCAGCAAUAAUCGUCAGCUAAAUGUAAGCAACAGCGGUCAUUGCAACUAAGAUGGUCAACUUUACAUUUUGUUAGUGAUUCUAUAGAUACAUUUUUGUCUCGAAAUUCAAGCAUUCAAAAUACACCCUUUUUAUAUUUAUUUAAAUUUGAAGUUGUUUUCGAUUUUUAAUAUCAUCAAAAGUCAACUUUGAGUUAGCAUUAAUUAUAGAAAGUAAGAAUUUAUGAAUUAUUUACUUUCAAAUUUUUCGAUAUAAAACUUCAACAAUGAAAUUGAAGAAAGUUUUGGAUGGCUGUUUUACGCUGCAACCCAAGGAGGCAAACCAAAAACUUGAAAUCUAUAAGUGUGUUUACUGCAGCCAACAAUAUGCACGACAUAUCACAAGAAUGAGCGUACAUCUACUAAAAUGUUCUGGGAGCCCACCACACUUGAAAGAAAUUUUGAAAGAAAAAGUUAAAGGGAAAAUCCUUGAAACUUCUAUACAUGGUUUUAACAAAAAAGGACAAGUCAGAAAUUUGAAAAGAAUUUUAGAAGAAAAUUUUCUCAUGAUACCAAAAGAUGGAAACCAAAAAUUGGAUAUCUUUCAAUGUAAACACUGCGAACAAAAGUAUGCUCGCAAUGCAUCAAGAAUGAGUUCACAUUUACAAAAAUGUUCUGCUUGCCCAUCCGAAAUAAGAGAAGCCUUGGAACAAAAUAUCAAAGUUAAUCUGGCACAAAAAGUAUCGAGACGUUUUAUUCCCAAAAAAUUAUUAGAAACUAGUUUUAUACUGCAACCGAAAGAGCCAAAUCAAAAGCUUCAAACGUUCAAGUGUAGAUAUUGUGGUCAAAUAUAUGCAAGACACUCUACUCGUAUGAGUUUGCAUCUACAAAAAUGCAUUGGUUGUCCAGGUUCAGUAAAAGAAACUCUUAUAUCUACAGCUAAAAAAGACAAAAUCAAGGGUGAUAUGAUGAAAAAAAGGCAAGAAUCAGAGAGUGAUUUUCCAAUGAGCGAUGAUGAUAAUAAUGGAUUACUUGUUAAUACUUCUACUAAUUCGUACACUGAACCUACUAAUGACAUCAAUUUAAUUGACAGAAUGUCAAAACAAAGGCAAAGAUAUUGUGAAGAACUUCUUGCAAAAGCUAUAUAUGCGUCUAAUGCUCCUGUUAGUAUAAUUGAUAAUGAACACUGGCGCACAUUACUAAAUACUUUAAGCCCAGCUUUUCAACUUCCUACCCAAGAACGACUGUCAACAACACUACUUGACACAACAUAUGAAAAUGUAAAAAAAAGUGUUGAUCAAAAAGUGAGAGAAGCUAUUUCGUUGGGUAUUCAGUGUAGCUACAGAUCCAAUGCUAAGAAUGAAGGGGUAAUUAAUUUUGUGUUAAAUACACCAGAUCCUGUAUUGUACAAGUCAAUUUCUCUAUCGACAAAUGUGCAAGAUGCAAAUCUGUACAUGGAGAAGAUAUUUGAAGUAAUAGAAGAAGUUGGUGCUAACCGAGUUUUAGGAGUUUGUAUAGAUAGUUUAAGUAAUUGUGAUAAUAUUUGGGAAGUAAUGGAGCAGAAGUAUGAAGAUCAUAAUAUUUCUUUCUAUUACUGCGCAUCUCAAAUAUUCAAUAAAUUAUUAGAAGAAUUAUUUGAAUUGCCAACUGUUAAUGAGUUAAUGAUGAAUACAUCAACACUUAUAAAAGAUAUAAAGCAGUAUGACAUUCUUGGUGACUUGUUGAAUGAAGCACAAAAAAGUUCUGAAAAAUCUGAUGGUAUUCUGUUAUUAAAAAUAUUAGGAACUAGAAAAUGUUCUUCUGUGGCAUUUUUAGAAAGUAUUAUUGAAAAUAAGGAACAUUUACAAGUACUUGCUUCUGCUCCCAAAUCUGACAAGUAUUUGGGAAAAAUAUCAAAAGAUUUAAUUGCUGAUGAAGAAUUUUGGUCUAAAAUUACUGCAUAUAUCAAACUUAUAAAACCAAUUAUUAAAUGGAUUAAUCAUUUAGAUAAUGAAGAUGCUAAAAUUAGUGAAGUUCCAGAAGCAUUCUUAGAUUUAGAACAACAUUUUAUCACUGAAUUUCAAGAUCCAAUGGUGCUUCUUUCUAUGGAAGAGUCAGAUCAAAUUUUGAAAAAAUUCAAAACAUUAUCUACCGGAGUAUUGCAACCAUUACAUUUUGCUGCCAACAUCUUAAAUCCUAUAUUUAAAGGAGAACAUUUGAGUUCAGCAGAUUUUGCUCAAGGAAACGAAGUCAUUACUAAAUUAUCUAGUAAAUUUGGAUUGAAUGAAAGAGAUAUAAUUGUAGAUUUAGCCAAUUACAAUACAGGCAAGGGAGUAUGGAAUGUAGCUUUUGUAAAAAAAUCAAUUGCUUUAAUGCCUCCAUCGACGUGGUGGUCAGCAUUUUUCAAAAACUCUUGUUUAACAAAAAUAGCUGCAGCUAUAUCAGAUCUGCCAUGUACAUCUGUUGCUACUACUGACAGAUCUCAUAAAAGAAUGAUUCGAGAUGAUCCUACAGGUAAAAUUAUGUAUAUAAAUCAGAACCUUAGGUUACUAGAUCCAAAACGUCAAGAAAAAGUAAACAAAUAUCAGGAAGAAGAAUUGCAAAAAUUAGAUGAAGAGGAAUUAAUGGAAGAAGUUUAUAAUGAAGAAAUCGAAGAGGUACUUGUUGAAGAAGCUGAAGAAUCAUUAGAAGAAGAAACUGAAGAGAUUACUGGAGACCCAGUUGAAGAAUUUGAUGUGGAUCCCAAUAGUGACUCUAAUGCAGGUUUAUCUUACAUUCAAAUUGUUCAAGAGAAUGGGGAGACAUUUUAUGUUCAACAAGAGUAAAAUGUUUCUUUAUAAAAUAUAAAUUUUGUAAUUUAGAUAUGAUGUAUUUUAAACUGUAAACUAUAUCUAUAAGAUAUGCACAAUGAAAUAAUUCAUAAAGUAUGUGACAAUGAAAAUAUGUAAAUUUAUAAUAAGGAAAGUUUUAAGUUCUGUUUCUACAUAGCACUAAAAAGUUUUAAUGAAAAUUUUAAGUGAUUAAUUAAACAUGUAAAUGACUUAAUAUAAUAGUUUUCAAGUAAUUUUAUAUAAUUCAAAAGAAGUUACUGGUAAAACUUUAAUCUGAAUUUAUAAAUUAAUUUUAAAUGAGUUUUUUAUCUUAUGAAAAUCAAUAUUUUCCUUAUUGCAAUAUUAUGUUUGACUAUUUUUGAUUUAAUUUAAUUGUGAACUCAAAAUAUUUCAUUUUAUUUACCUUGUACAUUACCCACUUACAUCCCAACAAAAUCAUUUAUGUAAUUGUCUAAUUAAAGUAUUGAUAACAAUCAGUAAAAUUUUUUAUUGAUGGUACCUUUUUGAUUAUAAAAUUGAGAAAAAUAAAAAAAAUU